CUAGUGACGCGUUUGUCGUGAGACGGAAUCCAGUGCAGAACACAAACAACUUUUUGACAGAAUUUUAUCUAAUUGGGAUUUAUUAUUUUAAACAAGGAUGUGAGAGAGAACAGAUAUGGCCUCCGAACUCCAUGAAACCAUCUUCAUGGCCAAACAGGAGCGACACAAGAAUCUUUUCCUGAACUACAGAAAUCUCAACAACUUCCCCGUCGAGCUUCUCAAAGAUGAAGGUCUUCAGUUCCUGGAGAGACUUUACAUGAAGAGAAACUCUCUGACCGCGCUGCCUGAGAAUCUAGCGCAGAAACUCCCCAACCUGAUUGAAUUAUACCUCCACUCAAACAACAUUGCCAUGAUUCCUCAAGCAAUUGGCAGCCUAGUAAAGCUGCAGUCCCUGGACAUGAGUGACAACGCCCUGCAAGUCAUCUGCCCAGAGAUUGGUCAGCUGCGUUCUUUACGACACCUGCGAUUGGCCAAUAAUCAACUGAAAUUUCUCCCACGAGAACUGGGAGAACUUCGAGAGCUGGAGACUCUCGAUGUGUCCAUGAAUCUCCUGAGGACUCUUCCGGAAGAUCUGCAUCAGUGUGAGUCUCUGCAGUGUCUGACGGCGGACCGUAACCUCUUGUACUGCAUCCCCCGUCAGCUCUGCUCACUGCCCGACCUCAGUGAGCUCUCAAUGGCUGCCAACUGCCUGACCUCUCUGCCCCUAGAUCUGGGCCGUUCCAUGGAGCUGCAGUUUGUCUUUGUGGACAACAACGCUCUUCUGAAGGGCCUGCCAUCAUACCUCUAUAAUAAAGUGAUUGGCUGCAGUGGAUGCGGUCUGGCUGCUCAGGUCUCUGAUGUGAAGCAUCUCUCUCUGGCCCUGGGAGCUGUGACCGUCCCUCUCCCUUCUGAAGUGAAGGCCAUCGGAUUGGAGACGGACCGCGUGCUGCCGCUGGAAGAGCUGGCAUGCCGAGUCCUGCACGCGGAUGGUGACCAGUCCGGCAGGGGAGACGUCAACUUCCUGUUGCCCAAGAGUCUUCUGGACGUUGUACGAUGGCCUCUGGGUCACUGUCACCGUUGCAGUCAGCCCAUGUUCACCAUCGUCUACCCCAAACUCUUCCCUCUCAGAGAGACGCCACUCGCUGGAGUGCACAAGAGAACCACCGUGAGUUUUGUCGCAUACUGCUGCUCCAGCCAGUGUCUGAUGACCUUUGACCUCCAGGGCUGACGUUUCGUGCGAUGACUUCACAUCACUGCUCGCCGAGCGCCGGGGAACAUCACAAGAUGCUGUUGAGCUGAGGUCUGACCGUGUUCUAGACGUCACACACAAAGCCAGCACUUGCUUUAAACCUGAUGACAUGUCUGACUUGAAUUCAGAAUAUGAAGGGCCUGUUCAAACAAUAAAGAAACGUGUUAUUGCAGUUUACAGUUAGAAGAACGGUCGAGGGCGUCUAGUGAGAAAUGUUGAAAUGGAGAGCAGACUUUUUAAAGAAAGAUAUAUUUAUAAGAUCAUAAGAUAUACUUAAGACUGAUUGGUUUAAACAGGAAUAUGGGGUGAGAUAUUUUAAAUUAUAUUAAAAAAAGAGUUAAAAAAAACGAUCUACAUUUUUAUUUAUUGAUAAUACAGAGUGACAUAAGCCUAAUUUGAGUUGAAAAGUGCUAAAAUGACUUUUAGACAUUAAAAAUGCCACCAAGUUACAAAAUGAUCACAUUGAGUUUCAUAAACAUAUUUGUGUGUUGUUGAAAGUGAUGAGGAAUUACUUGGCAAUGUUUGAAUCUUAUGUGUAUAGUUGUAUAUAAAGAUGCUGUGUGUUUAUGAAAGUGCCAGCUGACCUUGUGUGAAUCUUGCACUUGAUUGUUCUCAGUGAGAGUGACUAUUUUUGUCUAAAAGAAUAUUUUGAGACUAUUACAUUUGAAGACAUAUGAAUUAACAUAUGAAUUGUUCAGUUGAGAUUUGCAGAUAUUACACUACAGAUACCGCUUAAGAUCUCGACUGUAGUUCCUGAAGAAGAACAACCAACAAUUGCUCAUCUUUCGAUGUAUAGGUGCUCAUCUACAGAAAUACAGAUUAUAAAAAUAAGACUUAAAGUGUUGGGACUGUUACAGUGUCAUAACUCAAAUAUUGAAGGCCGGUGAUGAACCCAAGGACUGGAUGAACGUUCUUGUUUUCUACUCUAUUCUAUUUGUAACUAAAUAAGUGUGCUUAUGUGACUCUGAUUUUGACAAUAUGUAUUCAUUAGUAAAUAUUAAUUAGUACCAUAAAAUUUUACGUUUGACUGUAAUCAAUGCAAAACUUGGUGCUUAUCUAACCAAAAAUACAUAAAAGUUGAAACAAAUCUUUAAUGUACUUUCAAAUCCACAAAUACUAAGUCACAUCUGAACAACUAGGAAUUCCCAAACUACUCUACUGGCUAUACUGGGACCCAGUGGUUACUC